AUGCAGAUCCCUACAAGAGCUCUUGGACCCUACGGAUAUUCAGUGCGCCCAAACGCUACUCUUCACCCGGACUAUGCCAGCAGUGCGUGCCUGGCAACCGCUGCCAAACCAAGUCCAGGGAAAUCCUUCACCAUAGAUGCUUUGCUCGCCAAGCCUGAUCACAACGAGAAAACCAGGGCGAGUCCACAUCAAGGCUCGGUAAGCCCUGCACCAUCUCCACUAGGCGUCUACCUACAUGCCGGACAGAUGUGCCCUCCGCUUCCUCACUACCUGUACAACCCAGCUGUGAUGCACACACAAACCAGUUACCCCGGAUACUACUGUCCGCCCUACGGUUACCAGACAGCAUACACUGGAACUAUGUACUCGCAAGAUGCGGGUUUGAGUAAACCAGGCGUCCACUCGCACUAUAAGCACAAAGGCGCUAAAUCGAAGAGGAUGCGCACCAGUUUCACCAACGAGCAGCUGUCCAGGUUAGAGAAAGAGUUUGCGCGCCAGCAGUACAUGGUGGGAUCCGAGCGCUUUCUUCUAGCAUCAGCACUCCAGCUCACCGAGGCACAGGUCAAAGUUUGGUUCCAGAACAGACGCAUAAAGUGGAGGAAACAAAGUCUGGAGCAGCAGCAGGCCAAACUUGCCAAACUGGGACUGGCAGUGCCACCAAAAAGCCCAGGAUCACAGGGUCACGAUGAUGGAGACGAGGAGAACGACUUCAGCGAGGAUUCAGAUGUAGACAUUGAUGACUCUCUGCACGCAUAA